AUGAUUCUUGCUCAACAUCAUUAUUUGAAAUCGCAUCAAGUAUUCCUCAUAGACGCUUCAGUAUCUCCAACUUCAAGCAGACCCAGACACAUGAUGAGAGGCAGUCUAAGGUCUUGCUCUUGCGGCCCGAAUGAAAGAUAUCAUAAUCCAGAUAAUUAUAUCUGUUAUCUAAGUAGUAUAAAGAGAUCUAGCGAUCAAAAAGAUGAAGCAUCGAACAACCGAAUCGAAGGUCGUACAGUAUAUAACGUAUACGUGUGUGGGGGCAUACUAGCACAUGAAUUUGAUCCCUUCCGCGAGGAUUUACUUCGUCUUAUAUUUAUGUUCAAAAAAGCUGUUUGCUGUACCGCCGACGAAAAAUGCUGGGGCUGUAACAUAACUAGUAGCCUCAUAGAGGAUAAGCUCGAUCAAAAUGGGAAGCCGUGGCGUGCCAUUGUUAUUCAGGGGCUCUGGGACGAAUGGAUUCGUCUUAGACGCAGAGGCUAUGGAUUUCGAGAUGGCGAGUUGGCCCCUAUACCAAAAUUAGGAAUAGAUUGGUUUAAGAGGAUGGCUGAGAAUCAGAGCAAACUUCAAAUGCUCCAGUCUCUUCAUCUUGUCAAAGGGAAUAAUCAGUUUCGGAGCCGAAAGCAUGUAGAUAUUGAAAAUCUUCCCCUAGCAGAGCACCAGAGAGUCAGAACAACGGAAUUAAACGAGAAUGAGCUUGAUUCAUUCUUCUCAAGUUAUUUUCUUACAACUAAGAUUCUUUUCCGUCAAUUAGAUAAUAAUUGA